GGAGUGGCACCUGCCGGAUCGAUGCCUUCGUCAGUUUGGUAGGGAGCAGUGCAUUGCGUUGGAGGUCCCCGAGAGUCAAAGGGCGUUUCACCACCGAGAUGGUUGGCAAGGUACUCACGAUUAGCCCACGAAGUUGGCGGAAAUGAUCGCGAUAUGGGAGAACCGACAACUUCAGGACAUUGUCACUCCAACAAAUGUGGGUCGAAUGGGGUAUCAUGACCCAUACAUGGAUAGAUAUCGGCAUACAUCGGUUCGGUACGUGACUCUGGAGGGUGCGGUCGAUGGUGCAUUGGCUGAUGGGAUCGAGCGGAUCAAAGAUUUGACCCAUGGGAAACAUGAAAUGGGCAUUGAAGAUGUGAGCUUCAUCAGGAGGAUGACAAACAGUCUGCUUGGCUGUAUCAGAGCACAGGAUCGUGAUCAUCGUAGAUACCCUCCCAUGCCCGCACCAGUGCCACCUCCAGUAAAGUUAAUGUCCCCACCCUCCACCACCAUACGAGAGAAAGAAAAGCAAGAAGGUUCGGGAAAGACCUCA